AUGAUCUCCUUCACCACCCUCCAAGUCGGCACCCUGGUGCAAGCCACCUUCCUGCUAGGCAUGAACACCGCCUUAAGCAGCAUCUCCAUCCCCUCCGUCCUCAUCUCGCCAUCGCCCAUUCUCGCCAUCCGCCAAUGGCACACGCAAUUCCGCCGCGCCCAAGUCCCCGCCACCACACUCAGCGCCUCCAACCUCAUCCUUUCCCUCAUCCUCGCAUACGGCUCCUCCGACAAAUCUGGCUUCUUCUCCAACAAGACGACCAUGCUAUAUGUGGCCAGCAGCGUCAUGGCGUUUUUGAUCUUCCCGUUUACGCUGCAUUAUAUGAAUCCGAUUAAUGAUGCGUUGAUUGAGAAGUUUCAGGAGCAGGAGGAGUUUCAUUAUGCGGAUUUGCCGGAGAAGGAUGCGGGGAUGCAGACUGCUAUUUACCAUGAAAAGAUUGCGUACUGGGGAUGGCUCAACCGUUUCAGGAUCGUGCUGUACUCUGGGGUUGUCCUGGUCAAUGCUGUGGCUGUUUUGGCAUAGGUGUGCGCCGUUGAGGUGUGCUGGAAGCCAACAGUACAAUAUCGGGGAAUGGGAGCUGUAUAGAAGCUAUUGGUGAGCUGGGAAAGUUGUGAAACAUCGAGAGUAUGUGAAGAAUGAUGAAAGGUGUAUAGGAGUGCUGUUUCUUUUCUG